AUGGGGAAGGGCGUGGAAUGGCUUAAGGAUGUCUGUCUGGAGGCAAAGAAGGUCGCCCGGAAGUCAUGCACAUGCCUCUCGGCCAGAGCCAGUUCGCCUUCUAUCCGCGACUCGAGCCUCACGUCUCAAAUCGGCUUAGUUAGGAGAAAGUGCAAGGCCACUAGCGUGAAAGCCCGCACGAUACCCGAGGAAGCUUGGGUCUCCGCGCCCGCCGUAGAUGUCGUGACAGAGGCAGCCUGUUGCCUUGGAGCCGGCGAGACGCGGUUCGGCCCCAGCUGUGGAGAACGCCGGCCGCGGGCCACAAUCAUCAUGUCGGUGUUGGACGCACUUUGGGAGGACCGGGACGUCCGCUUCGACGUGUCCUCACAACAAAUGAAAACAAGACCUGGAGAAGUCCUUAUUGAUUGUUUAGAUUCAAUUGAAGAUACCAAAGGAAAUAAUGGGGAUAGAGGUAGACUCUUAGUAACAAAUUUAAGAAUUAUCUGGCAUUCUUUGGCAUUACCGAGAGUCAAUCUUUCUGUUGGUUACAACUGCAUAUUGAAUAUAACAACAAGGACUGCUAACUCUAAAUUACGAGGCCAAACUGAGGCUCUUUAUAUACUAACAAAAUGUAACAGUACUCGUUUUGAAUUUAUCUUUACAAAUGUGGUUCCUGGAAGUCCUAGACUUUUUACUUCUGUGAUUGCAGUACACAGAGCAUAUGAAACAUCUAAAAUGUAUCGUGAUUUUAAGUUGAGAAGUGCACUAAUUCAAAACAAGCAACUAAGAUUAUUACCACAAGAACAUGUAUAUGAUAAAAUCAGUGGAGUAUGGAAUUUAUCCAGUGAUCAGGGAAAUUUGGGAACGUUUUUUAUUACCAAUGUGAGAAUUGUGUGGCAUGCAAAUAUGAAUGACAGUUUUAAUGUCAGUAUACCGUAUCUGCAAAUUCGUUCAAUAAAGAUUAGAGAUUCAAAAUUUGGUUUAGCUCUUGUUAUAGAAAGCUCUCAGCAGAGUGGAGGAUAUGUUCUUGGAUUUAAAAUAGAUCCUGUGGAAAAACUGCAAGAAUCAGUUAAGGAAAUCAAUUCACUCCACAAAGUCUAUUCUGCCAGUCCUAUAUUUGGAGUGGAUUAUGAGAUGGAAGAAAAGCCACAGCCCCUUGAAGCUCUGACAGUUGAACAAAUUCAAGAUGAUGUAGAAAUAGACUCCGAUGACCACAGAGAUGCUUUUGUGGCUUAUUUUGCUGAUGGCAACAAGCAACAAGAUCGUGAACCUGUAUUUUCAGAAGAACUGGGGCUUGCAAUAGAGAAAUUGAAGGAUGGAUUCACCCUACAGGGACUUUGGGAAGUAAUGAGUUGAUCUUGAGUUGAACUGCAUUUCUAUUUAAAGAUAUCUCAAGAUUAAAGAUACUAGUUGCCUGGUUUAAGGCACAGAAUAGGUUUUAUAUUUACAGAACAAGCUUUAAGAAAGAGUUUCUUAAUGAUUUAAGGGAAAACUCAUUUAUCUGAGAUUUUACUGCCAGUUUUCUAAAAAUUAUAUUUAAA